UGUGAAGUGGGCGUGUUUCGUUGAUCGGAGGAGUGGGUGUGUGGCGGCGGUUUCUUCCCCAACCUCUCCUUCUUGCUCCGCCACGACGUGUCCCACCUCAGAGAGUCAGGCCUGAUAUCUCCUGGCUGCUCCUGAAGACUUGCGUCCUCUGUUCUCUUUCCUCCGGACUGCAGCGAGAUCCAGAGGACGUCACACUGGGACGUUCGAGCUCUCGGCGACCCAGCAGCUGGAGGCAGCCCUCGGAGGGGACGGUUGGAAGGAGGUCUCCCUCCCGCGGACCCCGUGUGCGGGGAAAACCCGGAAUCCUCAGCCUGGGGCCGAGAAGCUCUAUGGAUCAUGGAAGUGAGCACACUUUUGCGCCCUAGAAACGUUGAGGCCUUCCAUCAUUCGGCAGUUAGAAAGAAGGACUCUCAAAAGUUUUGGUCAUCAUCUCUGGCAGCGUAAAAGCAAGGGGAGAGUUCUUGCUGUCAUCCUCAGGUCCUGUACAUUUUGAAGUGGAGACUUUCCAUGAACAUUUAGAAAGCAUGUCAGAAUCGGAAACGAUAGACAUCAGUGAGCCUCCUCAAGACGUCUCCUACUCAGACUUGCUCUUCCGUAUAGAAGCCAGCUCAGUUGCUUCAGACUGGUCUCAGGACGAAACAAAGAAUGCAAAAAGGGAAAAUGAGUCUACACACACGCUCUCUGAAGAUAUAUAUAGCACUCAAGACAGUUUGCUAGGGGAUAUCAACCUUGGGAAUUACCCAGAGGGUGUACAGAAUCAACCAGCUAACACUGGGGUUUCUUCCUUGAGACAAUUUGAACCCAUUUGCAAAUUUCACUGGAUAGAAGCAUUUAACGAUGAGAUGACAUUUCAAGACCUGAGCGAGGCCUUUUCUUCCUUGGAGAAGCCGGAGCCACAAAGCCAUGAGUAUAAUGAUGCAGCGGACACCGGUGAGAAGCCCUAUGCACUUAAGGGAGAGAAUCCAAUGGAAACUAGGAUUUCCGAAAACCAAGACCAACUUGCUCACGAGCACGUCAGGAAAUCUAGAAGUCUGUCUCUAAACUACUACAGAGGAGAGACGCAGCCGUUGAUGGAAAAGUCGCUGGCUAGAAGCGCUGUUGUGGAUGUUGCCUUUAACACCAGUCAGCCUCAACCCUUUCUGUGUAGAGAAAAUGUCUGUGCUAGCGGUGAACGUUUAUUUGAUACUGAGGAUUGCUUAGACCUGCUUGACUUGAGAACUGAUCAUGAAACAGAGGAGCCUGAAGUUCCUUCAAAAGACAUGCAGCAUUCUGGGGAGAUUUCCGAGAUGUCCAUUAGUCACCAGCAGCAAGUCACAGAAGACAGUGUAGACAGCCUAGCCAUAACACCUUGGUCUCCAGAGGGCAUCUUCAAGAGUAGAUCUCAGGACAACUGCACCUUGCCUGAUAGGGAGCUAAGCCUUGAAUGCUUGGAGCCCCUGGAAGAGGACAUGGCUUUAAAUGAAGCCUUGCAGAGAUUAAAACAGAUUAACAAGAGACAGGAAAUGCAGAUCCAAGAGCUCCAUAGUAGGAACUUGUACUUAGAAAACAGGGUUAAAGAACUACAGACGAAGGUCACCAAACAGCAAGUAUUGACUGACAUCAUAAAUAAACUAAAGGAGAACAUGGAGGAGUUAAUUGAUGACAAAUACAAUGUACUCCUGGAGAAGAAUGAUAUCAGCAAGAAAUUUCAGGAUCUGCAGGAGGUUUUGGCUAACACCAAAAAGCAACUUCAGGAAUCCAAGAAAGACAAGGAGACCUUGCAGCUCCAGGUUAAAAAGACCAAGAUCCUUUAUGUCCAUUUACAGGAAAGGUACAUUGCCGAGAUACAGCAGAAAAACAGAUCGGUCAGUCAGUGCCUGGAGAUAGAGAAGACCCUAAGCAAGAAAGACGAAGAGCUGCAAAGACUACAGCGAUACAAAGAAGAGCUGGAGAAGGCCACCAGUUCCGCUUUGAACUUGUUGAAAAAUGAGAAGGAGAACCGCAAACAAGAGAUCUUGUCUUUUCAGGAGGAAUUCCAGAAACGGGAAAAGGAGUGCCUGAAACAAAGGCGGAAAUUGAAAUCAAAAGUUGAGAAGCUGACGGCCCAAGUGAAGAGUUUGCUCUUCGCCUGUGAGAAGGAGAGGGCUAAAACUGCAAAGUUCCAGCAGCAGAUGGAUGAGCUGGGGCAGUCUGCAAAGGGGGAGGCGCAAACUUGCACCCCUAACUUUGAGAUAAUUCAGUCAAGGGAGCAGCUGGAGGAAGCGAUGAAGCCUGAUGGCACCCAGGGUACAAAGGGGCUACCUUCUAAUUUGUUCCUGAAUUGCUCACCUUGUAAAGAAACCUCAGAACUCCCACUUAUGAAGAGAACUUCUCCAGUGGUCUCUAGAAUUCACAGUCUUUUGGCCCUGACAGUAGGACUUCUCACAUGUCAGGAUAUCACCAAUCCUGAUGCUGAACAUUGUCAAGAUAGUGAGAAAACCAAUGACAUAAUGCUGCAAAAACUGAAGAGCCUUCAGCUUCAAAAGAGAGACUUAGAUAAAGAGUUAUUGAAACAUAAAAACAGAAUUGCAACUCUUAAAGAGUUAAUUGCUAAUGAAAAAGCACUUCAACAUCACACUCUUGAGGUUACAAAUUUUGAUGUGGACGAAGCCAGGAAUGCCAGAGAUGCACCUGUGUUAUUGGCAGUCAAACUGGAUAAAUACCACAAUCUAAAUGAGGAGCUUGAUUUCUUGAUCACAAAGUUGGGGGGCCUUCUAGAGAGCAAAGAAGACCACUACAGCAGACUCAUCGAGGAGAAUGACAAGUACCGGAGACAUGUAGGCAGCUUAAUAAAUAAGGUAACAUCAUAUGAAGAAAUUAUCAAGUGUGCUGAUCAAAGACUUGAGAUAUCCCAUUCUCAAAUUGCACAUUUGGAAGAGAGAAAUAGACACUUGGAAGAUUUAAUUAGAAUGCCUAAAGAGAAAGUCAGAAGGCCAAGACCAAGAUUAGAAAAUCACCCAAAGUCCAUGACCUUGGUACGUCAUCUUGAUGGACAAUGUAAAGAAUGUCCUAUUUCCACUUGAACUGACAGUAACCCAUGAUUAAAUAUUCAUUCCUGAA